ACAUUCCGGCAGCGCCGCCGCGCAGCCUGUGCCCGGGGCAGCCGAACCCGCCGCGGCUCAGUGCGGCAGCUGCCGAGCGGGGGAGAGGCUGGCGAGCGGCGGCGGCGGCUCUGCGGCGCUAUGGGACCGUAGCACCCACCGCAGGCAGCAGAGAGAACUGGUUUAAAGAAGAAAAAAGCUAGUUUUAACCUGACCUUGAGGCCCAUGAAGACAGAAGCAUCAGUUUUUUCUUCAAGAACAACUUUAUCUGUGAUUGGUUGAGGAGGAUUGCGUGUCUGGAACAUCAAAGCCACCACAAUGAAGCACUUCCUGAGGAUUUCUGCAAGCAAGAAUUCAUUUUUAUUAAAAAAAUAAUAAUUGAAAACAAAUUUCAGUAACUGUUCAUACCAUUCUCGUUGUAAAGAAGACUUCCGCUAUCAAAAAGUUAAGAUGGACGAGUAGUGUAACAUUACAGAAUGUUUGUCCAGGUGUGCCUGUACUUCUACUGUAAAUGUUUGUGGCGCUGUCUGAAAUUUGUGGUGAGGAAAUUAACGGGACGAUGUGAAUUACAAAGGAUCUGUUACAAUAUCAAGCCUGGGGCUAGCAGAACUAUGAAGAUAGAGACAUCACUGAGGGGUUCAAAAAAUAAGCUGCUGCAAACUUCAGUAAGUAUUCAUCCAGAUGCCAUUGAAAAAACUAUAGAUGACAUCAUGGAACUGAAAAAGAUUAAUCCAGAUAUAAAUCCACAGUUAGGAGUAUCUCUUCAGGCCUGUCUCCUACAGAUUGUAGGGUACAGAAAUCUGAUUGCAGAGGUUGAAAAGCUGCGCAGAGAGCCAUAUGAGUCAGAGAAUCCCCAACAUGAAGAGAUGCUUCUAAAGUUAUGGAAAUGUUUGAAGCCUGAUUGCCCAUUGGAAGCUCGGAUUUCGAAGCAGUGGUGUGAAAUUGGUUUCCAAGGAGACGAUCCUAAAACAGAUUUUAGAGGGAUGGGCCUCCUGGGAUUAUAUAACCUGUUAUAUUUUGCUGAACGGGAUGCUGCAGUAGCUCAGCAAGUUCUCUCCGAUUCCCUUCAGCCGAAAUACAGGGACAUCACUAAAGAGGAGCUGAGCCAAUUCAGCAAAGCUGAAUGGGAGAAGAAAAGGUUUGAUAAGGCAAUUGGCUACUCUUUUGCUAUUGUUGGCAUUAACAUAACUGACCUUGCAUACAACCUGCUUGUGAGUGGUGCGCUGAAGACCCAUUUCUACAAUGUUGCUCCAGAGGCUCCAACGUUAUCCCAUUUCCAACAGACGUUCUGCUAUUUGAUGCAUGAAUUCCAUAAAUUCUGGAUUGAAGAAGAUCCACUGGACAUAAUGGAGUUUAACCGUGUGCGAGAGAAAUUUCACAAGCGAAUUUUAAAACAGCUCCAGAAUCCAGACAUGGCUCUGUGCCCUCACUUUGCUGCCUCAGAAAGCUUAAUCAACAUGUAGUUAUUCACUUGAUUUGAUUUGAGAACACUGCCUCACUCUUCUCUUAGGUCACACUUUAGAUCAUCACUAACAUAUUGAAUGACCAUGGCGAUUGUAUGCAUGCCUUUUGGUGCAGUAUUCAUCUCUUUUUGUCAUAAACAUUAGAUCCCCUUACACUUGUCUUUCCAGGGGAUUUCUCAUUAAAUGGGUGCUCAUAUUGCGGCAUUAUGCAGUGUUACGUUCUAAAUUGAUGUCCAGGUAUCAAGAGUUUUCUAUUUUUUUAGACCUUUUUUCCCAUAAUUCGACAUUGAAGAACUGUAUUUCUCUAGCUGUGUUUUGUAUAUGUGGAAUAAUUAUCUGAAUCUUGUAUUGUGAAAGCCUUUUAACUUAUUGAUAUGUUUUGUGAUAACUACUGACAUUUCAAGCAAAGUACAUGUUUGGACUUCAUCUAGAAGAUAAUGUAUGUAACUUUAAUCUAAUGCAGAAAAACACAUUA